AUGGCACCCAAGGUUCACAACAACCAAGAACAAAAAGAGAUCAAAUCCUCAGAACCUGAUAGUAACCUCAUCCGAUCCUCAAACCAUUGGGCAGGUGCCUUGCCCGCCCCUCAAGGACUCUACGACCCCGACCAAGAGAAGGACUCAUGCGGUGUCGGAUUUGUCUGCCACAUCAAGGGCCAACCCAACCAUAAGAUCGUCUCCGAUGCUCGCUCCCUACUAUGCAACAUGACCCAUCGUGGUGCCACUGGCGCCGAUGCUCGCGAUGGUGACGGUGCUGGGGUGAUGACCGGAAUCCCCCAUGCGUUCUUCCUGAGAGAGGCCUCACUCCUCUCGAUCGAUCUCCCCGCCCAGGGUCGCUAUGCGGUCGGAAACGUCUUCUUUAGACCAAACCCGCCCGAAGCGCUGAUCGAGCAUAAGGCCACCUUCGAAAGGAUUGCGCUUACCCAUAAGCUCAAGGUCUUAGGCUGGCGUGAACUACCCAGGAACAACUCCAUCCUCGGCCCAGCUGCCCUCAGCCGUGAACCAAUCAUCCUUCAACCAUUCGUGGUGCCAGACUCUAACGAACCGGACGCUUACUUUGAUGAAAAGGAGUUCGAACGCCAGCUCUACGUCUUACGAAAACAUGCUAGUCAUGCCAUCUCCCUCGCCGAUUGGUUUUACAUCUGCUCAUUAUCCAACAAGGUGAUCAUCUACAAGGGUCAACUCAGCCCUAGUCAAGUUUACGAAUAUUACUACGAUCUCAACCAUGUCCUCUUCGAAUCUCAUUUCUGCUUGGUUCACUCUCGAUUCUCUACCAACACUUUCCCCUCCUGGGACAGGGCUCAGCCGUUGAGAUGGGCCGCCCACAAUGGCGAAGUCAACACAGUCCGUGGCAACAAGAAUUGGAUGAGGGCACGAGAGGGCAACUUGUCUUCUGAUAAAUUUGGUGAUCAAUUGGAAUCCCUCUACCCCAUCAUUGAAGAAGGCGGGUCAGAUUCCGCUGCUUUUGACAACGUCCUCGAGUUGCUAGUCGUCAAUGGCGUCAUGAGUCUCCCAGAAGCCAUCAUGAUGCUCGUCCCCGAGGCCUGGCAAAACAACCCCAACAUGGACCCCGCCAAAAGUGCAUUUUACCAAUGGGCGGCUUGUGUGAUGGAACCCUGGGAUGGCCCGGCCCUUUUCACCUUCUCGGAUGGUCGAUACUGUGGAGCCAAUCUUGACCGUAACGGUUUACGCCCAUGUCGCUGGGUGACCACAGACGAAGAUCUUAUCAUCUGUGCGUCUGAAGUUGGAGCGAUCACCAUUGCACCCGAAACGAUCACCCGUAAAGGCCGUCUUCAACCCGGCAGAAUGCUCCUGGUCGAUACCCAAGAAGGUCGAAUCGUCGACGACAAAGAGUUAAAGAUGGCCACCGCUCAGAAGAAACCCUUCCGAGAGUGGAUCAACAACCAAAUGCUUCGUUUACCCGAUAUCCUCAAACACAACAAAUCCAUCAGCUCGACUCUACUUUCUGAUACUCUCGAUGAAACCCGAAUCUCGGAAGAUCCUCGUCUUCUGGCCUUUGGAUAUACGCUCGAACAACUUGACUUGCUCAUGAGGCCCAUGGUUUCCGACGGUAAGGAAGCCUUGGGAUCAAUGGGUAAUGAUGCACCACUCGCAUGCCUGGCUACUCAGCCUCGCUUGAUCUACGAUUACUUUCGUCAACUCUUUGCUCAAGUAACUAAUCCUCCCAUCGAUCCCAUCAGAGAGUCCAUUGUGAUGUCAUUGGAGUGUUAUGUUGGGCCAGAAGGUAACCUACUUGCCUUGGAUGAGAGCCAGGCUGGCAGGCUAGCCUUGCCCAGCCCCAUCCUAAGCGUUCAGGAAUUUCGAGCCCUUCAGGACCUGCACACUUUCAAUUCUGCUUGGUCAUCACACACCAUUGAUAUUACUUUUGAGAAGCGAAGUGGCCUGCCCGGGUACGUAGUUACGCUUGACCGAAUCUGUCAAGCUGCCAGUGCAGCCGUCCAAGCCGGCUGUCGGGUCCUUGCUCUAUCUGACCGAGCGGUAGGUGCGGGCCGCGUGGCAGUAUCGGCCCUUGCCGCCAUUGGAGCCGUGCAUCAUCAUCUGAUCAAAAGCAAAGAACGAUCCAAGGUAGCUCUUUUAGUUGAGACCGGUGAGGCCCGAGAAGUCCACCAUCUGUGUGUCUUGUUGGGUUACGGUGCAGAUGGUAUCUGUCCAUAUCUCGCCAUGGAAGCCAUUCUUAAACUCCGCCGUGAGGGGUUGGUCAAGGUAGAUCUGACCGACGUCGAUCUCAUCGAAAACUUCCGCCAUGCCACCAACAAUGGGAUCCUCAAGGUGAUGAGUAAGAUGGGUAUCUCGACACUUCAAAGCUACAAGGGUGCCCAGAUCUUUGAGGCACUCGGUCUACACCAGACGGUCGUCGAACGAUGCUUUGUUGGGACAGCCAGUCGAAUCCAAGGCACCACCUUUGAACUCCUCGCGUUAGACACGUUUGAGUUCCACGAACGCGGUUUCCCCUCUCGUCAAGUCGUCCAGCCGCCCGGCCUUCCUGAAUCCGGUGAAUACCAUUGGCGUGAUGGAGGAGAAGCCCAUAUCAACGACCCGGUUUCGAUCGCCAACCUGCAAGAUGCCGUCCGGUCGAAGAACCAGUCAGCCUAUGAUGUUUAUAGCCAGAACGCCCAGAAACAAGUCCGUGCGGUCACUCUCCGUGGGCUGCUCGAUUUCGAUUACGAGAGUGCCCAAUCAAUCCCGUUGGAGCAAGUCGAGCCUUGGCAUGAACUCGUCAAGCGUUUCUGUACCGGCGCCAUGUCCUACGGUUCCAUCUCCCAGGAAGCUCAUAGCGCUCUUGCAAUCGCCAUGAACCGACUCGGCGGGAAAUCUAACACCGGCAAGGGCGGGGAAGAUGGUUCUCGUUCUCUCAUCAUGCCUAACGGGGAUACCAUGAGGUCGGCUAUCAAGCAGGUUGCUUCCGGCCGGUUCGGCGUUACUUCAAACUAUUUGGCCGACAGUGACGAGCUGCAAAUCAAAAUGGCCCAAGCUGCGAAACCUGGCGAAGGAGGAGAAUUACCUGGACACAAGGUAUCCGAAUUGAUUGCCAAGACCCGUCACUUGACUGCCGGGGUUGGCUUAAUUUCCCCACCACCGCAUCACGACAUCUAUUCGAUCGAAGAUUUGAAACAAUUGAUUUACGAUCUGAAGUGUGCCAAUCCGCGGGCGCGGGUUUCGGUGAAGCUAGUGUCGGAAGUCGGAGUUGGUAUAGUUGCAUCUGGUGUCGCGAAAGCUAAAGCUGAUCAUAUUUUGAUCUCAGGUCAUGAUGGUGGUACAGGUGCAUCCAGAUGGACCGGCAUCAAGUAUGCCGGUCUCCCCUGGGAACUCGGCUUGGCCGAGACCCACCAAACUCUGGUCUUGAACGAUCUUAGAGGCCGAGUCUGUCUCCAGACCGACGGCCAGAUUCGAACCGGUCGUGAUGUCGCCAUCGCUGCCCUCCUCGGCGCUGAAGAGUUUGGUUUUGCCACCACCCCUUUGAUCGCUAUGGGCUGUAUUAUGAUGAGACGUUGUCAUCAAAAUACUUGUCCCGUCGGAGUGGCCACCCAAGACCCAGUCUUGAGGGCUAAGUUCACUGGGCAGCCGGAACACGUGAUCAACUUUUUCUAUUACGUCGCUGAAGAGCUAAGGACCCACAUGGCCAAACUCGGUUUCCGGACCUUGAAUGAAAUGGUUGGGCGGACCGAUCUUCUCAAAGUGGAUGAAACCCUUCGCAACCCCAAGACAGUUAACAUUGAUCUGAGUGCAGUUCUCAAACCUGCUUGGAAGAUGCGCCCUGGAGUAGCCACAUUCAAGACCAAGCAACAGGAUCACAAGAUGUACACCCGUCUGGAUAACAAAUUCAUCGACGAAGCCGAACCGGCGCUUGCCAAAGGCCUGCCCGUUCGGAUCGAAGCCGACGUGAAGAACACCGACCGUGCCCUGGGUACUUCUUUGGCUAACCGGGUCUCAAAGGCAUACGGUGAACAGGGACUCGAACGGGACAUUAUCCAUGUCGACCUCCGAGGCUCAGCCGGUCAAUCCUUAGGAGCCUUUUUAGCCCCGGGGAUCACUCUUGAGUUGGAGGGUGACGCCAACGACUAUGUCGGCAAGGGUUUGUCAGGUGGACGUCUGAUCGUCUACCCACCCCGGUCGUCUCCAUUCAAGGCCGAAGAAAACGUGAUCGUCGGUAACGUCUGUCUCUACGGCGCCACCUCCGGCGAGGCCUUCUUCCGAGGGAUCGCUGCCGAACGGUUUGCCGUCCGAAACUCGGGCGCCAUCGCCGUCGUCGAAGGGGUGGGUGAUCACGGUUGUGAAUACAUGACUGGUGGCCGGGUUGUCGUCCUGGGUUCGACCGGUAGGAACUUCGCAGCUGGAAUGAGUGGUGGUAUCGCGUACGUUUUGGACAUGGCGCGUGAGUUCAAGAACAAGGUCAACUCGGAAAUGGUUGAACUUGGCACGGUCAAUGACCCUCACGAGAUUGCUGAACUACGUGGGAUGAUCGAGGACCAUCGUCAUUUCACGAAAUCGGAGCAAGCUGCCCGAAUUCUCCGAAACUUCAAUGAAUUCCUGCCCCGCUUCGUCCGGGUCAUGCCCUUGGACUACAAGGCCGUCCUCGAGGCUGGCGCCAAAGCAGCCAUCCAGUCCGAUCCUCACAAAAAUAUGCCCGGGUUUGACAUCAAGGGUGAUGCAUUCAACCCGGCGGAGGACAAGGCAAAGACAAAUGUGAACGAUCAGGUCGAGAUCCCCUCGGCCACGCUCGGCCAUUCUGAACCUCCUGUGGUCGAUCUCGAGGACUCGAUGGUGGAUGCGGAGAGCGCCAAGAAGAUUGUCGAGAAGCUUGACAAGACUAAAGGGUUCAUGAAGUAUAAACGGCUCAACGAGAACUACAGGAACCCGAAGAGUCGGACGAAGGACUGGGCCGAACUUUCGACCCGGUUGACCGAAAGUCAGCUCAAAGUCCAAGCCGCUAGAUGCAUGGACUGUGGGGUUCCCUUCUGCCAGUCAGAUACCGGCUGCCCUAUCUCUAACGUCAUCCCUAAAUGGAACGACCUCGUCUUCAAAGGCCAGUGGCUCGACGCUUUGAACAGGCUCUUGAUGACCAACAAUUUCCCCGAGUUCACUGGCAGGAUCUGUCCUGCACCCUGUGAAGGCGCUUGUGUCUUGGGAAUCAAUGAAGCUCCGGUUGGAAUCAAGAGCAUUGAAUGUGCUAUCAUUGACAAAGGGUUUGAGAUGGGAUGGAUAGUCCCUCGGCCACCCGUCGAACGAACGGGGAAGAAAGUAGCGGUGAUCGGGUCCGGCCCAGCGGGAUUGGCGUGUGCAGACCAGCUCAACCGGGCCGGCCAUAUGGUGACCGUCUACGACCGUAACGAUCGACAUGGUGGGCUGCUCAUGUAUGGGAUCCCGAACAUGAAGCUCGACAAGAAGGUCGUCCAGAGACGGCUCGACCUCAUGGCCGCCGAGGGCAUCACCUUCGUUGCUAACGCUCACGUCGGCGUAUCUACUGACGUCAACCAGAUCCGCGCUGAUAAUGAUGCGCUCGUCGUCUCUACCGGUGCUACUUGGCCUCGUAACUUGAACUUACCCAACCGAAAUCUGGAUGGGAUUCAUUUUGCAAUGGAAUUCUUGCAACUCAACACCAAGUCACUGCUAGAUUCGGAGCUGAGUGACUCGAGCUACCUAUCGGCGAAGGGCAAGAAUGUGAUUGUGAUCGGAGGGGGCGACACUGGGAAUGACUGCAUCGGGACCUCGCUCCGGCACGGGGCCAAGUCGGUGACCAACUUCGAGCUCCUUCCCCAACCGCCCCAGAGCCGUGCUUCUGAUAACCCCUGGCCGCAGUGGCCUAAGGUCUUCAGAGUCGACUACGGUCACACCGAGGUCCAGAACUUCUUCGGUAAAGACCCCAGAGAAUAUUGUAUCUCUACAAAAGAAUUCGUGUCUGACGGUGAAGGAAAACUGAAAGGACUGAACACUGUUCGAGUAGAAUGGACUAAAGAUUCGAGAGGAGCUUGGAAGAUGAAAGAGAUCGCGGGCUCGGAAGAGUUUUACGAAUGCGAACUCUGUUUGUUAGCGCUCGGCUUCUUGGGCCCGGAGGAGUCGAUGAUCAAGUCGCUCGGCUUGAAGCAGGAUCCCCGCUCUAACAUCCUCACUAAUCUGGCUGACAACCUCCGAAGGUUCCAGUACCAAACAUCGAUCGAUGGCGUCUUUGCUGCCGGCGAUUGUCGGCGUGGGCAGAGCUUGGUUGUCUGGGGGAUUCAAGAAGGUAGAGCUGCUGCCGUCGAUGUCGAUAACUUCUUGAGCGGCAAAUCGGCGAGCAAGUUGCCCUCCAAGGGAAGCAUCAAGGUGCGCGACUUUGCCGUCGACGCCUUCGAGGCCUCCGUCGUCGCCGCUUAG